GACAAGUUCAAGAUGGCGGCCGAUCGAAGCAAUGAUCGGUACCCCCUUCAUAAAGCGGUGUUUGAGGGAAAUCUGCGCAAAGUUUCAACUGCUCUCAGGACUUGUGACAUAGAGGAAAGAGACAUUCACGGUAACACCCCAUUACAUUUAGCUGUGAUUUUAGGGAGAAGAGAAUGUGUUUAUCUUUUGCUUGCCCAUGCGGCUCCAGUCAAGGUGAAGAAUGAUCUUGGUUGGAGUCCACUGGCUGAAGCCAUCAGUUAUGGCGACAGACACAUAAUUACUUCUCUAUUGAAGAAGAUAAAAUCACAGACACGAAAUGAGGUCGAGACAAGACGCCCUCAACUUAUAGAUGCACUAAAAGAGCUUGGAGAUUUUUAUGUUGAAAUUACCUGGGAUUUUCAAAGUUGGGUUCCCCUAUUAUCAAGAAUUCUUCCUUCUGAUACUUGUAAAAUAUAUAAAAGGGGUUGCUCUGUAAGAAUGGAUAGUACACUAGUAGAUUUUACAGAUAUGAAGUGGCAAAGAGGUGACAUCUCAUUUAUAUUCAAUGGUGACGCAAAUGGAGAGCAUUCAUUUGCUGUUCUUGACAAUGAGAAAAAAGUAUUCCAGAGAUUGAGAGCUGAGGAAACUGAAGCAGAGAUUGAAGAAGAGGUUGAUUUACUAAUGAGCAGUGAUAUUGUGUCAGUAUACAUGUCAACAAAGCCCAUCACAUUCUCAAGAGCUCAGGGCGGAUGGUUUUGGAAAGCAGACAGAACAGAAAUGGUUGGCCCAUACUUGGCAGACGUUUAUACAGUAAAUGGGAUGAUGUUAGUGUCGAGGAAAAGAAGAGAGCAUCUUUCCGAUGAAGAUCUUGUAAAAAAUAAGGCAUUAAUGGACAGCUUAAGCAAAGGAGGCAACCUAAUAGAGAGCAUACCUGAGACAACAAGACGUGAAUCUCUGAAACCUCCACCUAAACCUGAGCUCACAUGGUCAGAGUACUUGCGUUACGACAUUGAUGAGCUUCCUCAUAUGGGUAGAGCCCAGGUAUUGAAAGAGGAUAGAAAACCAGUGAAGGCGUAUGUUGCUAUGAGUCAAGAAUUCCCACUUUCUAUAGAUCUGGUUCUUAAAGUUUUAGAAGUCAUCGCACCAUUUAAGCAUUUUAGCAAGUUAAAGGAAUUUGUCGCAAUGAAGUUGCCCCCUGGAUUCCCUGUUAGAUUUGAAAUACCCGUCUUUCCAACCAUAACAGCAAAGAUAACUUUUCAGGACUUUAAUAAAUGUGAGAAGAUCCCAGCAUCAAUGUUCUUUAUUCCUAGAGACUAUAAGGAAGAUCCAAACCGAUUUCCAGAUCUAUGAUGUGUUAGAUGCUGCGUAAGAGCGAGAUUCAUACAAUCUCAGCGUCUAUAUAGGACUGGGAACUACUCGGCACGCCCCACUGGACUAGUAACGCCCUGCAUAGUCUUGUCCCCAGUCCACUCUUGGUCUGCUCUACUCGUUCGUGAUUUAAAAUGGCUGGAUGGUGGACACUCUUUGAGGGCGAGCUCUAUAUAACAAUCACCCUAACCCUAACACUAAUCCUGCUUACGGUGGUUGUUAUUUAGUAUUUCUUUCUUGGAGCUCUCGGAGUAAAAGUUGACGUCAUGAAAAGGUUUCCGCGCAGUCCAGAGAAGCCUUGGACGAUUCUAUGUACUAUGCGCCGCCGCGACUGUCGUCUCACGGCAUCAUGGAGCGUGAUGUGCAAACAGAAAUACCCUGCUAUGAAGGGCUUCAACUACUGCGCAAAGUAUUCGGCUGAAUGGGCCUGAUAACAGAGUCUCAUCAGUCUUGAGGCGACAAUAGACAAUAUUCUUUGUAAAUUCAUAAAUGAUAAGAAGACUUGUAAGUUAAACAAAAGAUUUAUAUUUAUUUUUAUCCUGAAUUUGUUCUAAGGCCGCGAUCAUAUAGCGAUUUGUACAGUAAGAAAUGGGUUAAUGUAGUAUAUUAUAGAUUUUACAGGGAGUUGGAGGGAAGGGGCAUGUUUGUAACAGACAAUCCACUUUUUUAUUAAAAAAAAAAAAGAAUUCUACCACCACAUAAGGUGAUUUUGAAUUUUCUUAAACUUCAACAGUGCUGUAUUCGAUCUUCUGAAGAAUUAAUAAACUUUACGAAUUGAG